AACACUUCAUGGAGGAGGUGGCUUUCAUCGGGGUGUGAGGGCUUGGCGCCAGUCAUUGGAGAGCUCGCUGCAGCCAAACCUGUGAUUUCCCUCCAUCCCCCAUGGACCACCGUCUUCAGAGGAGAGACAGUGACUCUGACUUGCAAUGCGUCACGCAUCCACGCAGCAGAGAACAUGAAAUGGCACCGGUGGUUCCUUGGGGCAGCAGUGCUACGUGACACCCCAGGAAACACCCUCAAGGCCCGUGUCUCUGGAAUGUACAGGUGCCAGAUCCGGGGCUCACUCCUAAGUGACAGCGUCAGCUUGAUCUUUUCUUCAGAACGGCUCGUCCUUCAGGCUCCGGCCUCUGUGUUUGAAGGUGACACGCUCGUUCUGCGAUGCCGAGUGAGGCAGGGAGAGAAACUGGGCACUGUGACGUACAGCUGGAACAGGAAAGUUGUCUCCACCUCCCCAGAAGCCCGAGACCUUGUGAUACCACAAGCAAGUCUGAACAACAGUGGCUUUUAUGGAUGCUCUGGAUUUCUGCAGGGAAAUCGUUACCCAUACAGGUCAAGUGCCAGAUAUGUUAACAUUCAAGAACUAUUUCCACAACCAAAGCUGGAAGUCAUACCGCCCCAGCCCAUGGAGGGUGGCUCUGUAAACCUGAGCUGUCGGACGCAGCUGCCCCUCGAGCGGUCGGACGCUCUGCUGUCCUUCAUCUUCUUCAGGGACCAUGGGGUCAUGUUAUCGAGCUGGAGCAGGUCUCCGGAACUCCAGAUCACAGUCGUCUGGAGGGAGGACUCGGGGUCGUACUGGUGUGAGGCCUCGGAAGCCGUCUCCGGCAUCCACAAACGCAGCCUCCCCCUGCAGGUCCGUGUGCACGGUGUCCCAGUGUCUGCCGUGCUCCUGGAGACCCAGCCCCAGGGGGGCCACGUGCUUGCAGGGGAGCGUCUGGUCCUCGUCUGCUCUGUGGCUGAAGGCACAGGGGACACCACGUUCUCCUGGCACAGAGAGGACACGGGGGAGAGUCUGGGGAGCACGCGUCAGCGUUCCCAGAGAGCAGAGCUGGAGAUCCCUGCUGUCGUGGGGAGUCACACGGGGCAGUACUACUGCACAGCGGACAACGGCCACGGCCUCGCCCGCAGCGGGGCCCUGAACGUCACCGUCACAGGGACUCCAGGGAACAGAAGUGGUCUUAUUGCUUCGAAAGCUGCUGGGGUUCUGCUCAGCAUCCUUCUCCUGGCAGUGGUCCUGUGGAUCUACGCCUGGCGCCGUCGGAACUCAGGACAUGGUUUUCCCGGAAACACAGCCAGGAGCCCUCCCGCCACAGGCCCGGAAGAGGCGCCCCAGGCCGGGUGCCCUGCCCCAAGGGAGCUGCCGUGGUCAUAUGACAAAGUGCACGCCGGAGAGGGAGACUUGGUGUACUCCGAGAUCCAGUUUAUGCAGCUGGGACGGAAAGGGGCCGCCCGCACCUCCAGAACGUCUCUAGACAAGCAUGACUCGGUUGUCUACUCUGCCGUGAAGACACGACUCCCAGAGGACUCAGCUGGAGAGCUCAGGUCUCAGGAUGAAGACGCCGUGGAAAGUUAUGAGAACGUCCAAUUCGCAUGACUUGUCCCUGAUCCAAAGCCCAGCUCAAGGCCAUCCUUGGGCCCCUGGAGUGACAAGCUGGUCCCAGUGUAGCAGUUCUUCUUGCCCGUGCGCAUUCAUAUCUGAAACUCCCAAGUUCACCUGCUCUGAAGUGGUCAUGGGGCGGCCACCGAGAGACUUGUUCAAGUGACCAGAGUCCACGGGUGAGACAAAAUCCCACACACCUGCUCUGAGCCUAACCUGAUGUGUUCUUCAGGGUCAGAUUUAGGGGAAAGGAUGAAGGGGGGAAAAGUACUCCUGUUGAAAACCAGAAGCACAAAUUUUGGUGAAUUGGAAUUUGUGAGUAGAUGCAACUGAGUGACUCAGGUCUCUGCUCAACGUGUCUCCAACAGCUGUCGCACUGGGGACCAUCUGCAUCAGUUGGUUUAACUCUGAGAGGUACCUGGGUCCUUCCCAGACGGUGCCCAGAGCCACCCCUCCUGCUACACCGUUUAUACUGCCAGGCUUCAGCUGCAGACAAAAGGAUCCCCGCCAGUGCUUUACAGGGACAGGAAUUUAAGCAGGAUAUUUAAUACUUUACAAAAUCAUCUGAAGAACCACAGAAGCAGCCUCUAAGUGGAGCUUCCAAAAGCA